AUGGCGUCCGCGGGCCCACACGAAGGACCAGAAGACGAGAACUGGCAAGACACCGUUCGAUUAGCAUGGCUCGCCUCACGCCGACACAGCUUCACUCAGAACGGCACCAAAGCAGCUACCGACGACGAUGACCGUUUUCGCCGCUGCUGGGGCCGCAAUAGCUGCAGUUCCUGUCUCGACAUCUCAGCCUGCAGCUGGUGUCCUUUUAGCGCCACUUGCGUGCCCAACGACUGCCGCAUCCCGGCGCUGGCACCGGCUUGGGAGGGCGACUUCGUCUGCCCGCACUGGGCCGAGCGCUGGGAGCUGCGCACACGGCCCCUGGGCUGCCAGGUAUCGACGAUUACGAGCCUGACGGCACUGGUGGCCGGGUCCAGCACGUUGCUCGUCGCGCUGCUGCUCUGGCUGCUAGUCGUUGCCGUCCGGCGACUGCGUCGAGCCCAGUGGUCGUCUGUCCGGCCGUGGCUGGUGACAGCGGUCGUGCGGCGACCCGACAGCCGGUCGCCAUCAGGAGGACCAGGACCACCAGAGCGCCUGGUCGACAACGACCAGACGCCCCUGCUGUCCGACCCCGAGCUCACAGGAGGAAUGACGGCGACCUCGUCACCCUCUUGGAUCACGAUGCCACCGCCCUCGGCGUCCGUGUCCACGUCCACAUACUCGAGGUUGAUCGUCACCAGGCUCCCGUCCAGCACGCCUGCCCGGAUCCCACUGUACCGCGUCUCAAGAGUUGCAAACAGCUCCGCCAGCGGCAGCGGUGCCGGCAGCGCCUCGUAA